ACUAGAAAGCAAAGACCACAGACAGCAAGUGAUGUGAAUGACUGUGUGUCCGUCUGUCUGAGUGUCUGUUCCACAAGUCAACAUGGGUCCCGGGGCGCUGCAAAAGAAGCUCGAGGAGGAGGUGGAGGUUUACAAGAAGAUCCAGAAGGACAUCUCCAAAACAUCAGGGUUAAGGACACAGCUUGAUGUACAGCUUAAUGAAAAUAAGGUCGUGAAAGAGGAACUGGACUUAAUCAAUGAGGAGAAUGUGGUGUACAAGCUGAUUGGUCCAGCCCUCAUCCGCCAAGACCUGGAGGAGGCACGCCAGAAUGUGAGCAAGAGGGUGGACUACAUUCAGCAGGAAAUUAAACGCCAUGGAAAUACCAUUGAAAAGCUGGAGAAGGACGCAGAAACUCAGAGAGAUAAUAUUGCAAAGCAUCAGCAGCAGCUACAACAGAUGAUGAUGAAGCAAGCAGCGAAGUGAGGCAGACCACCAACUAGCACUAAGGAUUAAACACACCAGCAUUGAUUACACAAACCUUUUUUUUUUGCUUAGCCACUGUGCAUUUAUGUAAUUGUGAACAUGUCUUGAUGAAGUUUUGCUAUGACUUCUCAGGCAUCAUAUUUUCAUGACUUUAAUAACCCAGUGUUGAGAAUCUUGUGAACAAUGUAUUAAUACAGUUGCAGGCAGCAAAGAAUAUGAUACUCUCUAUUCAAAAGAUGCAUGUAAUGCAAUGCUAUAUCUGGUUAUUUCUAUAUUGUAAGACUCAAUUGAUUGAGUGAUGAUAGCUUGAGAUUUUUGUUUUAUUUUGAUCAGCAUUGUACAUAUUACAGUUUAUUAUUUGACUUCAUUAAAAAUCUCUAAAUGUGAUGUUUUGCUAGUUGGUUUCAAAUUUAUAUUGUGUGAGAUACAUAAUUACUGCUUUGCAGAGAACUGGGUGCUACAUAAUAAACACUCAUAGAGCCCUUUGCAAAAAUGACAGCACAGGCAUAGUGAUUUAGUGCAGAGAAAAUAGAAUAUCUUUCUCAGCACAUAUUCAUCACACUUACACUGACAACACAUUUCAUGGAGAGUAUGAAUACAUUUUAUGAAUGUAUGUGUAUAGAAAAAUUGAAAUAACAUAACUUGCUGCACUGAGAACAGUCACUUAUCAACCUUUAAUGAUAGGUAAUGCCAUAAAUAAAAGUAAUUGUGCAUGUAUGUAUGUCUUGAGUCUCCUCACAUUUUGUUCUCUCAUUUGUAUCUCAUAAUAAUGAUGAUUAUUUAAGUGAAUCAUCACAAGGCUCACUGCAGAACGUCUUGCUGCCUGACUUCACUGGUAUUUGCUUGUACCCCACCCUGUCAACCUGCCACCCAUCCACCCCGGCUCUUGCUCACACAUAUUAUCUCUCCACAAUCUUCUAAAAUAAAUUCCUGUAGCCACUGAACACUUCACUGAUGGGUUACACGAAUGAAGUCACGUAGCAAUCUCUAUUUUUUUUUUUUUUUUGCAAGACUAUACACUUCAAAUUUGAUAUGAAAAACAAACACUGAUGUCCUUAUUUGUUAAACUUAUCGAAUAUACAUGAAUAAACUGCGGAUAUAG